AUGGAUGACAGAUGGAGUUGCCGGCCUCCACGACGGGAAUCUGACAGACCGGCGGUGCUGAAGCGACAGAUGCCGGAGAAUUCGGAAGCUGGCGGGGGAGAUCUUCCGACGGCAGCAUUGGUGGCGGAGCCGACGAUGGUCGGGUGGGGAUGCUAUUGCGGUGUUGUGUUGUGUGAAAGAGAGUGGGAAGGUUGGGAAUCGGUUAGGAGUCUUGGGACUGUAAGCACUCCGGACAGUGAUCGCAGCACUCGUCGCCGUAAAGGGACUAGUUCUAGAGUGAUGACUGGUGGUCAUGGAAAGAUUGGCAAGCUAUACAGCAUUGACAAAUAUUUGCACAGCAAUGAUCCUGAUUUUUUUCAGGAACUAAUGCAAAUAGGAGGAAUCUUUCAUACGCUAGGAUUGCCCGAUGUUCAUAUUUUGGGGCCUUUUGUAAGUGUACUUUUUGAGUUUUUCACUGCCGAAACUUCCAUGUUUACCAUUAACGGGCACGUGAUGGGUAUAACACUCGAAGAUGUGCUAUACCUUUUACGUUUGCCCAUUAAUGGUGAGCUUGUCCUUGUGGGAGAGAAUUCCCAUUUAAGUUACAUAAAAAUUUUUGAGGAGGACCCAAAAAAGGUCAAGAUAUCCAACUUGAACCGUAUUAUCUACAAUUCUAACGAGAAUAAGGAAAGGAGGAUGAUAGCUCUGUUGCUCAUCAUUAUUUGGCAUUUUGUCUUGCCAACUAAAAAUGGUGAUGGCAUCUACCCUAGCCUUGCCUCACUCUUAGAAAACCCCUACAACACUUCUUCAAUUCAUGCUUGGGGGGCUGCUGUUCUUGCUUUCCUUCAUGGUAGAAAAAAGAAAAAUAAGGAGGGUGGCAACUUAUGGCUAGUCUUGGCUUUUUUUCUCGUCCGGAUUCUAAAAUUAUGGAUGAUCCUAGGAGUUGAGAUUACAAGGGAGGAGCUCGAGGAGCUUGCUCGAGUGGAUUAUCCAUUGAAAUGGAUAAUGACUCGUUUGGAGAAAGUAUCAAAGAAUACAAGGGUCAAUUACAAGGUGGCUCUGAGGAAUGCUCUUGAAAGCCUUGAGGAUGAGGUAUUGAAGUUAAUUUACAGAUAUUCAUUGGAGGCCGUACAUGACGUGGGAAUUACCCGACGGGUCAGUCCCAUUUUUGCCAACAACUAUGUGGUGCAUCAUGCACCAAAUUUGCUUGCAAAACAAUUUGGUUUGACAAACAACGUCAAAUUUACACUGUAUCACAUCGGAAUGAAGGAUAAUCGGGGAUCAAAAUCCCACAAUUGGACUAAAAAAUAUGAAGUUCAUAUCGCGAAGUGGAUGAACCCAUUAUUUUUGGGAGAUCCACCAGCAGUCCACAGAGAGACCACCCCCAGAGAAGAUCCCCUCCCUCAUAUCCAAGAUGAUACUGCAGAGAUCUCCCCCAGCAGUGAAGAUCCCCCCUCCUCCAGCAGAGAAGAUCCCUCCAACAGAAUAUCAAAAGUUGCAGAUCCUCAUGCUGCCCAUCAAGAAACUGGUCCUGACCCUCCAGAAUCAUUUGAGCCAAUAACAGAUCCCCGUACCCCCAUGGACACCCAAGAAAUAGAAGAAACAAAUUCCGUUGCUUCCCCCAGAGUUGCUUUCUCCCAAGUUUAUGUACGGAGGAAUAAAAGAAAGCAAUUGACGGAAGAGCAAGGUGCUCAAAACGUCCCCAUUGCUCCCGUCCAAAGAAAAGGCAUUCGCAUGCGGAAGCAAACGAAGAUUAUUUCACUGUCAGAUUUUGCAGACCAAGGUGCUCCCAUUGCCCCCGUUCAAAGAAAAAGCAGUCGCGUGCUGAAGAAAACAAAGAGAUUUUCACUGUCUGAUUUUGCAUGA